AUGAGUCAAUCCCUCGCUCUCAAAAUUAUUCCUUUCCUCGAUGUUCAUCUCAUCUUUCCAUUGCUCGAAUUUCUCGAACAAAAUGAGAUUUAUCCAAAACAACAAGUACAACUUGCUGCUUUUGAAUUAUCUAAGAAGACUAAAAUGUUAAACUUCCAAAAGGAAAAGCAAGAACUUGUUGGUAUGACAACAACUAUUGACUAUCAAAAGGAAGAAAAGGAAAUUAUGGAUCAAAUGCAAAACUAUAAACAAGUUUGUGAACCUCUUCUUACUAAAUUGAAGGACUAUAAUCAAAACAAGGAUAAUAUCAAAGAAACUCUCCAAGUCUACCUUUCAAAUGAUACUAGAAUUAAUCAUGAAAUGUUGGAUAAGCUUUAUGAUUAUGCCAAAUUCAUCUAUGAAACUGGAGAUUAUGAAACAGCUGCUGCCUUGUUGGCUGAUGUUAAACAACUUUACGAAUACAAUGUUGAUAAAGCCUAUUUGUCAGCUUGGGGUAAAUUGGCUAGCGAAUUGAUGUGUAAGGAAUGGGAAAGUGCUAGUGCUGCUUUGAACGAAUUGAAGGAUUUGAUGGAAAACAGAUUCCAACAAUUGCUUCAACAUGAAAGAACAUCAGCAAAUACUGCUACCACUGCUUCUGUCACUGCUCCAAUGACAAAGGUUGGUCCAGGUAUUAAAUCUGUAGAAUUGGAUUUAAUCAAUGCUAGAUGUUGGUUUAUUCACUGGUCUCUCUUUGUUGCUUUCUUUGACCAAUCUAAUUCCUACAAGGCAUUGUUAGAUUUAUUCUUCCCACCUGUUGGUACUCCACACUCACAACAUACCCACACUGAUUUGACUUCCAACAAGUAUAUUUCUGCACUUUUCCAAAGUGGAUGUGGAUAUAUUCUUCGUUAUUUGGCUAUCACCAUAAUUUUAAGGAAACGUAAUAAGGUUUACUUGAAUGCUUUGGUCAAGUUCAUGGAACAACAUUUGAUUAUUAGAUCUGAUUUCCAACAACAAGAUGAACUUUUGAGUGAUCCUGUCAUUCAAUUCAUUUAUCAAUUGUGUGUCACUCAUGAUUUCAAGGCUGCCCAUGAAGCUCUUUUGGCCUCUGAAUCCAUCGUCAAGAAUGAUUACUUUACUCAUAGCCAUGUUAAGGAAUUCAUGAAUCAAGGAAAGAAUAUGAUUUUCGAAAGCUAUGCUAAGGUUUCACACUCAUUUGCUUAUGGUGAAUCCUCAAAGAUUGAUUUGCCUCUCGAUGAAGAAUUCAUUAACUCUGCUGUCAAUGCUUUGAAGUUACAAACUCAAGUCCAACUCGAAUCUGAACAACACCGUGUGACGGUGAAGAAGACCCUUCCAAAUAUUUAUCAACAAAUUUUAGAAAGAACUGAAGACUCUGCCAAUAAGACUAUUAGUAUUUCUAAUGGUGCCAAGAAUCUUCAAGCUCAAAGACAAUCGAAAGAAAAAUAAAUGAUAUUUACAUCUUAUUUAUUAUGAU